AUGUCGCCCUGGGGUCCCAUCCUGCCGGGUCCCACGCGGGGCAGGGGGGCUGAGGCGGCCGCGGUGCUGUGCCGGGAGUGCCGCGUCCCCGGUGCCCUCGGCUCGAGGGAGGAGCCCGAGUUCGUGACCGCUCGCGCUGGCGAGAGCGUGAUCCUGGGAUGCGACGUGAUCCACCCGCUCACGGGGCAGCCCCCUCCCUAUGUCGUGGAGUGGUUCAAGUUCGGCGUCCCCAUACCCAUCUUCAUCAAGUUUGGGUUUUACCCUCCCCAUGUCGACCCGGAGUAUGCCGGCCGGGCCAGCCUGCACGACAAAGCCUCCCUGCGCAUUGAGCAGGUCCGCUCCGAGGACCAGGGCUGGUACGAGUGCAAAGUGCUCAUGCUGGACCAGCAGUACGACACCUUCCACAACGGCAGCUGGGUCCACCUCACGGUCAACGCUCCCCCCACUUUCACGGAGACGCCGCCGCAGUACGUAGAAGCGAAGGAAGGCAGCAGUGUCACCUUGACCUGCAUGGCGUUCGGGAACCCCAAGCCCAUCGUCACCUGGCUGAAAGAGGGAGAACUUUUGGGUGCCAAUGGCAAGUACCAGGUGAGCGACGGGAGCCUGACGGUGCUCUCCGUCAGCCGGGAGGACAGGGGUGCCUACACCUGCCGGGCGUACAGCAUCCAGGGAGAGGCUGUGCACACCACGCGCCUGCUCGUUCAAGGACCUCCCUUCAUCGUUUCCCCUCCGGAGAACAUCACGGUCAACAUCUCCCAGGAUGCGCUCUUCACCUGCCAGGCCGAGGCGUACCCCGGGAACCUCACCUACCUGUGGUACUGGGAGGAGGAGAACGUCUACUUCAAGAACGACCUGAAGUUGAGGGUGCGGAUCCUGAUCGAUGGGACACUGAUCAUUUUCCGUGUCAAGCCAGAGGAUGCUGGAAAAUACACCUGUAUCCCCAGCAACAGCCUGGGCCGCUCGCCAUCAGCCUCUGCCUACCUGACGGUGCAGUAUCCUGCCCGCGUGGUGAACAUGCCCCCCGUCAUCUAUGUUCCCAUCGGGAUACAUGGAUACAUCCGCUGCCCGGUCGAGGCAGAGCCCCCGGUCACGCUGGUCAAGUGGAACAAAGACGGACGUCCCCUGCGAAUCGAGAAGUAUUCUGGCUGGAACCUGCUGGAAGACGGGUCGAUCCGGAUAGAGGAGGCAACCGAAGAUGCUCUCGGCACUUACACCUGUGUGCCUUAUAACGCCCUGGGUACGAUGGGCCAGUCUCCCCCUGCCCGACUGGUACUGAAGGACCCCCCCUAUUUCACGGUGCUACCAGGCUGGGAGUACAGACAGGAGGCAGGGAGGGAGCUGUUGAUUCCUUGCGCUGCUGCCGGAGACCCCUUUCCCAUCAUCGCCUGGAGAAAGGUAGGGAAGCCCAGCAGGAGCAAGCACAACACGCUGCCCGGCGGCACCCUGCAGAUCCGCUCCCUCGGCAAGGAUGACCAUGGCGAGUGGGAGUGCGUCGCCACCAACAUCGUCGCAAGCAUUACUGCCAGCACCCACCUUACCGUCGUAGGCACAAGCCCUCACGCCCCGACCAGCGUGCACGUUGUGGUCGCUAUGACCUCUGCCAAUGUCUCAUGGGAGCCCGGCUACGACGGUGGAUACGAGCAGACUUUCUCAGUUUGGAUGAAGAGAGCCCAGUUUGGCCCCCACGACUGGCUGUCUCUCCCUGUGCCAGCUGGUUCCAGUUGGCUACUGGUGGAUACCUUGGAACCCGAGACUGCCUACCAGUUCAGCGUCUUGGCUCAAAACAAGCUGGGCACCAGCUCCUUCAGUGAGGUGGUCACUGUGAACACUCUAGCAUUCCCUGUAACAACUCCAGAGCCUCUGGUGUUGGUUACCCCACCGAGGUGCCUAACAGCCAACCGGACACAGCAAGGCGUCCUCUUGUCGUGGCUUCCUCCCGCUAACCACAGCUUCCCCAUUGACCGCUACAUCAUGGAGUUCCGCGUCGCGGAGAGGUGGGAGAUCUUGGAUGAUGGUAUCCCGGGGACCGAGAACGAGUUUUUUGCCAAGGACUUGUCCCAGGACACCUGGUACGAGUUCCGGGUCCUGGCGGUCAUGCAGGAUCUCAUCAGCGAACCCAGCAACGUUGCUGGCGUGUCCAGUACAGACGUAUUCCCUCAGCCUGACCUGACAGACGAGGGUCUAGCCCGCCCGGUGCUGGCUGGUAUCGUUGCCACCAUCUGCUUCCUGGCUGCUGCCAUCCUCUUCAGCACACUCGCCGCCUGCUUCGUCAACAAGCAACGCAAACGCAAGCUCAAGCGCAAGAAAGACCCUCCUCUCUCGAUAACCCACUGCAGGAAGAGUUUGGAGUCCCCGUUGUCUUCCGGCAAGGUGAGUCCCGAGAGCAUCCGCACCCUCCGUCCCCCCUCGGAGUCCUCUGACGACCAGGGCCCGCAGGCCAAGCGGAUGCUGAGCCCCACCAAGGAGAAGGAGCUCUCCCUUUACAAGAAGACCAAGCGAGCCAUCAGCAGCAAGAAGUACAGCGUCUCCAAGGCGGAGGCCGAAGCCGAGGCCACCACUCCCAUCGAGCUCAUCAGCCGCGGGCCGGACGGCCGCUUCGUCAUGGACCCGGCGGAGAUGGAGCCGUCCCUGAAGACGCGGCGGAUCGAGGGCUUCCCCUUCGUGGAGGAGACGGACAUGUACCCCGAGUUCAGGCAGUCGGACGAGGAGAACGAUGACCCCGUCGUCCCGGCCUCGGUCACCGCCCUGAAAGCUCAGCUCACCCCUCUCUCCUCCAGCCAGGAGUCCUACCUUCAGCCACCAGCAUACAGCCCCCGGUUCCACCGGGCGCUGGAGGGUCCCGGCGCCCUGCAGGCCACCGGCCAGGCCCGCCCGCCGGCCCCCCGGGCUUUCCACCACCAGUUUUACGGUUACCUCAGCAGCAGCAGCCCCGGGGAGGUGGACCCGCCGCCCUUCUACAUGCCAGAAGUCAGCCCGCUGAGCUCGGUCAUGUCCUCCCCGCCGCUGCCCCCCGAGGGGCCCUUCGGACACCCCACCAUCCCCGAGGAGAACGGGGAGAACGCCUCCAACAGCACGCUGCCCCUGGCCCAGACCCCCACGGGGGGCCGGUCCCCCGAGCCCUGGGGCAGGGCCGAGUUCCCCUUCGGCGGCCUGGAGCCGGCCCCCGCGCCGUUCCCCCACCAGCUCCAGCCCUGCGAGGCGGCCGAGGGCUCCCAGCCCGCCGGUUGCCUUCCUCGGGGGCCGCCCCCCUCCUCCCUCCAGGUGGUCCCCGCGUCCUACCCGGGCAUCCUGCCCCUGGAGGCACCAAAGAGCUGGACCGGCAAGUCGCCCGGCAGGGGCCAACCCUCUGUGCCCACCACCACCAAGUGGCAGGACAAACCUAUGCAACCCAUGGGAUGUCAAGGGCAGCUAAGACAUACCAGCCAAGGUAUGGGCAUACCCGUGUUGCCUUACCACGAACCGUCCGAGCCCGUCGGCCCCAGCGGCGCAAGCACAUUCGGCCUGGACACCAGGUGGUACGAGCCCCAACCCCGACCUCGGCCCAGCCCUCGGCAGGUCAGGAGGGCCGAGCCCAGUUUACAUCAGGUGGUGCUACAACCUUCGAGGCUUUCUCCUCUGACCCAAAGCCCCCUCAGCUCCCGCAACAGCUCCCCGGAGCUGACCGCCCGCGCCCGGCCCCGGCCGGGCCUCAUCCAGCAGCAGGCGGAGGUGUCGGAGAUCACCCUGCAGCCCCCGGCGGCCGUCAGCUUCUCCCGCAAGUCCACGCCGUCGACGGGAUCCCCCGCGCCCAGCAGCCGGGGAGGCAGCCCCAGCUACCGACCUACCGCCGCCUUCACCUCCCUGGCCACCGGCUACUCCGGCUCCCAGGGCUCCUCCCUGCCCGUGGACACCAUGGACGUCUUCGGAGACAUCCCCUCUCCCAGGAGGGCCGGCGAGGAGAUUCUGCAACCGGAGCCGACAUCCACCACGGUUCCCCCUUUUGGAAAAUGUCCAUCUCCGUCCGGGGACGCUGCUGCACCUGAGAGGCUCGAAGCUCUGAAAUACCAGCGGAUAAAGAAGCCCAAAAAGUCAUCCAAGGGCUCCUCGAAAUCCAGAAAACAAUCCAACGGCUCUGCCUCCCAGGUUCAGCACCUUCCCAGCUCUCAGGUACUGUGGCCUGACGAAGCUGUCUGCCUCCGCAAGAAGAAGAGACAUCCUCGUCAGGACCCCUUCGCCCGCCUCUCGGCGCUGAAGGACGACCUCUGCCACCGGCAGCUCCCCGAAGACCAGACAGCCAUUCUCAACAGCGUGGACCACGACGACACCGGCGGGCACGCCACGUUGCUUUAA